AUGGACAAGCUGCUGCUUUGGGUCUCUGUCCUCAUCACUCUCCCAGAAGCCUUUGCUCAAGCAAACCUCCAUGGGAAGGUGUUUGUGUUUCCUAGAGAAUCUUCUACUGACCACGUGAGCUUGAUCACAAAGCUGGAGAAACCUCUACGGAACUUCACCUUGUGUCUUCGAGCCUAUAGUGACCUCUCCCGAUACUACAGCCUCUUCUCCUACAACGUCCAGGGCAAGGAUAAUGAGCUACUAGUUUUUAAAGACAAAAUUGGAACGUACAGUCUGUUCAUUGGGAACACCAGAGUUACCGCUAAAGUUCUUGAGCAGUUUCCUGCCCCAGCACACUUCUGUGUCAGCUGGGAAUCCUCCUCAGGCAUUGCUGAGUUCUGGGUCAAUGGAAAGCCUUUGGUGAAGAAGGGUCUGAAGCAGGGAUACUCUGUGGGGGCUCACCCCAAGAUUAUCCUGGGACAGGAGCAGGACACCUAUGGAGGUGGGUUUGAUAAACGUCAGUCUUUUGUGGGAGAGAUUGGGGAUUUGUACAUGUGGGAUUCUGUGCUGUCUGCGGAAGAGAUCCUGUCUGCAUAUCAGGACUCUCCCAUCAAUCCUAAUAUACUGAACUGGCAGGAUCUGGACUAUGAGAUUAAAGGAUAUGUCAUCAUCAAGCCCCUGGUGUGGCACUGA